AUGUGCAAUUGCAACUGUGAUGGUUGUCACAAGCCUGCAGCUUCGAUGGGAAAGAGGAAGCGCGAUGACGAUGACCACGAUGAGCCACGCAUUUGUGUACGAGACGCCUGCCACAACAUUUGCACCAAUUCCAACCUCAGCUGCCAGUCCUGCCUUUGGAACGAUGACAAUCUUCGAGAGUGCUCCACUCCUGGCUGCCAUGAAGUAGCUCCUCGCAAAGGUGGACUGUAUUGCGAGAAGUGCAAGCAGCUUGCGAUCUAUGACGACGAUCCUGCCCUGCUCCRCAAGUGCGCCAAAGAUGGUUGUGAUGAGAUUGCACCAGUGGGAGGGAAGCUCAUGUGUGGCAAGCACGCAUGGGAGUCUAAAGUCUCGAAGUCCGUUUCCAGUCGUGAGUACAGAAAGUGCGCUCGAGACGACUGUGAUGGCAAUGCACCGGUGGGAGGUCCUCGUGGCAAGUUUUGUGGUACGAAAUGCAAGAGUCGCCAUGACAAAGAAUUGAGAGAUCGAGAUAGCGGGCAUGUUGUCAAACGCCGGAAGCACGAGCAGCGAGAGUGGCACAACGACACAAUCCGGAUCUGCACUGAAGGAGAGGACGGCUGCCAGAAUGUGAUUAACAAGAUGGCUGCCAUCUGCGAUCCGUGCUAUCAGCGCCAGUGGCGCGCGAAGCGAGACAAGACUGUGGUUUGA